GAUAUGCAUAUGACUGUACUGUGUGUUGAAACAGAUGAAAGAGGAAGUAAGAACUGAAAAAGUAGUGGAAAAGUCAUGUCAUGUGGUGUGUGUGUGUGUUUUAAAGACCAAGUGUAAGACUGCAUUUCCACCACACACAGUGUCUCUGCUUAUGGACAUUAGUUAUUAAAAUGCAGGUGUGUUUUUAUCUUCUCCUUCUUCUCCACAUCACUGAAGGCUGCAGGCUGAAAGGAAAUGGAGAGACAGAAGAGAUCACUGCAUACACAGGAGUCUCAGUACUGCUGCCCUGCUCCUGCACUGACCUCCACAGAAAACCUGAGACAUUCACAUGGGAGAAAAACACAAAUGGAUAUGACUGGGUACAGAUAUCUCCUGAGAGUGAUCAGUACAAAGAGAGAUAUCAGCUGGUUAAUGAUCACUCUUCAGGAAAUCUCUCUCUGCUCAUAUCACCCCUGACUGAAGAGGAUGGAGGAGAUUACAGGUGUAAUGUUAAAGAGGGUGAAUACAGAGACAUCAGACUCACUGUUAAAGGUUGCACACUGAAUCAACAGACAGUGGAUGUGACUGGAAACGAGGGACAGUCUGUCCUUCUGCCCUGCUCCUGCUCUGAACUACAAGCCAGACCAAAUACUUUCAGAUGGAGCUUUUAUAAUGAAUCAGAUCACACAAAGAUCUUCCCAAAGGACCAGACAAAUCGCUACACAGAUAGAGUUCAGCUCUUUAAUGAUCAUCAUCCUGGAAAUCUCUCUCUACUCAUAUCACCCCUGACUGUAGAGGAUGGAGGAUGGUACAGGUGUGAGAUCAGCAACAGAAUCAGUAAAGACAUUCGACUCACAGUAAAAGGUGCACCAACAAGACCUUCAUCAUCCACACCAGUGAUCACAACAACUUCACCUCCUUCCAGUCCAGGCGUCACAACAAAAGGUACAAAACUAACCCCAGUGCUCAAUGAUGAAUCAACUGCACACUCUGAAACAUCUUCUGAUAAAGAGACAAACCCGAAUCCUCUCAACAUCACCAUCAUGAUCUGUACUGCUGUUGGGGUUCUGCUGCUGCUGCUGAUACUCGGAGGAGUCAUCUACUGGAAACACAGAGGACAGGGACGAGGACAGAGCAAUAUCAAUAAUGGACAAACAGGACAGCAGAAGGAGCAGAAUGAUUCUGAUGUUCUGUACACCGCCAUAAAUCCACAAACUAUACACAACAAAGCAGAAGAAAAGGAUGAUGUGACGUACUCGACUGUAGUCCACAGUAACACUGUGAGAGCAGCACACACUCCAGUGGCAUCAGGAGAUACUACAGUAUACGCCAGCAUCAAAACUAACUAAUACACACACACACACAGACACACACAUACACACACACACACACACACACACAAACACACAAAUAUUUUUGAAGAUUUUGCUUUCAGUUACUCUAAACUGUUGCUGGCAUAAAAACAAAAAAUAAUAUAAAUGUUCUAUUUUUUGUAGGAUUUAAAAAAAAAAAACAUUUUAUUGCACUUUUUACAUGUUCCAUUAUUUUCAGCUCUAUUAAAGCAGUGGUUUGAUCCACAUAUAUAACCUGAAGCUCUCUGCUGAAACUGUCUAUAGAUCAUGUCGUGUCUUUUAGGAAAUAAUUUAGAGCUGAAGAAAUUUUGUCUCCGCCCACGCUGAGGUGAUUUCUGGGCCGUUCAUAAGACAUCUGUGAAAUAAUAUAAAUCCUUCAGGUCUGUACACACCUGUAAAAAUGACAAUAGCUCACAGCUUUAAAUAUAACAGACUUCAUAUAUUACUUGUAGCUGAAACAAUUUGUUCAUUUUUAUUCCUAUUUCAAAAAUAAAUAUCAGAAGCUGAAAAGAUCACAGUGGAUUAUCUUCAUGUACACAACACGGAAAAAAGUCCGGCACUUUCUGUGACAGGAUUUCAAUGUCUGCUGUCCAUUUGUCCGAACUUACAUCCUUUGUCUGUGUCAAAUUAAUGUUUAGAAUUUCCUCAUCUAUAGUUUCUGAUUCCUCCUCAAAGCUUACUUGAUGGAUCUUUUGUGACAUACUGCCACCCAGUGGUUUGGUUUGUGACAGUAGGAACAGAAAGCCUUCUGGGCCGGUUUACAUGCAUUUCUUUUGAACAUGCGUACAAACAUAUUUUGUUUGAUUCUUCUGAGAGGCUUUUUUGUUCACCACUUGGUAUUUUAAUUUCACAUGCACUGCUCCCACUUAAGACUCUUCUUCCCUGAUGAUUUGAAUCUGUCAAAGUUCAAAUUGCUGAGCGAUUUCAAGCACUUUCAGCAGCAUUAAGUCUUCUCCUUUGUCUAACAGUCUUUUUUGGAUGCGCUUCUCAACAUCUGUGAUUAUUACAUCAAUCAACAUGUCAUCUGGAUCGGCAUUCUCGCAAUCCAUUAGUAUAAGUCGCAAGUCCUUCACAAAGUGAUCAAAACUCUCAGCAGUCCCUUGCUUUCUUUGCUUAAAAUGAUGUCUGGCUAUCCUCUUAUUCUUUCUCGGCCUUAUAUAGCUACUGAAUUCGUCCAAAAUAUUAUCCAAGAAAUUGUUGAAUGGAUCAUUUCCCUCACCUUCCUCCCAGCUGAAUGUCUUGUAGAUUUCCUGGCCUUGUUUGCCGAUCCACGUACCCAGCCAGCCUGCAUGCUGCUUUGCGGUUAUCUCUGGUAGCAGGCCUUCAAAGACAAAUGUGACGUGUCUCCAAAAUCUUUCAAAUUCAUGAUACAAAUCCGUUCUGUGUUGCUUUACUUCUUUUUCUGCAGUGCAAAAAUACAUGAGGAGGAGGAGCCUAAACCAAUCAACCACAGAGUCCGGAAUGUUUCUUAAAGACACACUGACAGAAUGACAACACAUUACAGUAGUGAUAUGGUUCAGUCAGAUACAACACAACAUCAUAGCCUAGUCCAUGCUGUCUACUUCUAUUAAGUUAUUCACCUCUGUAGACUUCAAAGUUGGAGCAAUAGCCACUGUCCGACUCACAGAGCUCCCAUACCUUGAUGCCCAGUUUGGUUUUGCAGGCAGAAAUGCACUCUUCCCUUGAAACCAAUAGCUUCAUCUAAAAUGAGGUUUCUUCUAGGACCAUAGGCUUCUUGAAAUUUCUCAGUCAAUAAAUCCAACAAUGGUUGUAAUUUGUAGGGUGGAUCAUAAUGAGAUCAUCAUGGUUGGUGUAUUUGAUGUGUCCCUCAGGUGAAUGAACUUAUUUAGCUUAAAAAAAUCAAGUUUUUGGCAUGGUGCUGGAGAUGUGGGGAUCACCAAAUGUUAUAUCUGGGCUCUAGUAAUUCCACUGUCUUCAUAGCUGCUUAAUUCCAAACAUAAUGUUUAUUGUAAAGUAUGCUCAGAUUUCUGAUGCAUCUGUAGGCCGCCAUAUUGGAUCCAGUCUGCCACUUGCACUGACCACCUGUUCAUUGUACCUGAAUUUCUUUGAUUUGUUUCUUCAGGAACAGUCUCGGAGAAUGAUUGGGUUAUUGAUAGGCUAACGGCCUAGCUUCUGGUGGUAGAUUGUGUUUUGGACCAGUUUUUACCACAAUAUUUACCUCACAAACUGGAUUCAUAUUUCUCGUCCAUUUUGCUGAAAUAUUCUGAACUGCGUAUUGAAAAUCUUUCACUGUUGUUUUUAAAAUACUCCUCACCCAAUGAAAAACUUUCUGACACAUCUAUGCCAGAUUCAUUAGAUGAUAACUAGAUUUUUGUUCCCAUUCUUCUACAUAUUCUGAAUGUAAAACCUUCAAAAUCGGACUCCAUUGCAAUCUUACGCUAGUCCUUUCAACAACUUCAACACACAAAAUCUUGUCGUAUUUUUUCACUUUUGAAUUUAGGUGGAAAUAGGUUUAAUCUCACAGUUUCUCGCUUUAGUAUGAGAGUUUGGUAACAUACCUAUUUUUAGAACGAUCACAUAGGACAGUGAUUCCCAAAGUGGGGGUCGCAAGACAGUGAGGGGAGGGGUCGCAAGAUGAUUUCCAGAAUAAACUUUUUAAACUAUUAGAAAUAGCAUAUUUUAUCCAUAACUAACAAAAGCUACAAAAAUUGUAGUUAAUGAUAACAUUUAAAAAAAAAACAUGCAAAUAAAAAAGCCAUUAGCCUUUCAACAUUCUUUCCAUUGAAUCGUGUCCCCUGAAGGGAUUAGGACAGAUUAAUGACACAGCAAUAGUGUCAAUUGCAGCAGACCACUUUACAGCAUUAUCUUAAACAUUUGGACAUUUGCUAGAAGGAAGAAUGGGAAAUGGGAAGAGAUGAGUGAAGUGCAUAUUGCAUGACUAUGUAAUCAACAAGAGAGAGCAUGCACUAAGGGAAGAGGAAAACAGUGUGGGGAGUAGGCCAGGUUACUGUGACAUGACAGUGGUAGGUGGCUAAGGGAGACAAUAGCAUUGGAAUACCAGUAACCAACAGCGAUGAAAAGAGGGAAGGAUAUGAGGCAGCUUAAUGGCAAAGCUUAUUUUAAAAUUAAAAAUAAAACUUAGAUCAAGCAGGUAGAGAAAAAUCAUAAUGACAUAGAGGAAGAGAUCAAGAUACUUACACAUUGUUGUGGAGGGCAACGUGCGAGGUCAGGAUGAUCCGAGGAAGCAACUUGGGAGGUGGCGGUCAAAUGAAGUCGAUGAGGAAGUGGUGCUUAUAAGUAAGCGCUAUUUUUUUCUAAAAAUUGUUGACUUAGCCUAAAAAUAAGGGGAACUGGAGAGGAGGAAAAUUGACGUCAUCGAGGGGAGGAUGGUAUUGAUUUAGGGGCGGUAUCGGGACAAAUACGAAAAUGAUGGGAACUGGUAAAACGUAUAUAAAUUAAGGAAGGAGGGAUUAAAGUAGCCAUACACUGAAUAUAAUGGGAAAUUGCUGGAAAUAUUUAAAUUAGAGAAAAGGAGGCGCCAUGGGGCACCUGGGGUUUAAGUAGAGGGGAAUUUUUCGGGGUUUUCAGACCAGCUGCUCUCUUCAGAAAUGCAUGUUUUUGACUGCAUGGCUGAAUAAAGAAACCUGCUUCUUCUCAUCUGCUGACUGAGAUCUCCUUUAUUUUGGCUAAAUUUUUAUAGUUUGUUGAGUUCAUUGGGUAAGAUUAUGGAAGGCUAAGAGAACUAGACACAAUCUAAAAUUCCACCCUGUGAUAUGUCCACUCGGAGGGGGCUCUGAGUUCCGACAAUGCACAGGCGAAGACUUUUUCUCAAAACUUGACAACUGUAAGGAUGAGCCGGAGGCUGCAGGAGGUGAAUCCAUAAGCGGAUCUUUAUUUAUAAUCACACAGGCUAAAUAGAGUCAAAACCGGAAAACCCACUGAGACGAGAAACAAAACCGAAAGCACAAAACGAAGCGUGCAGUCAGAGAAACAGGCAGGGUCAUACACAGAAAUUACUAUCAGAGACAAGGCAAGAAUCAAUCAUGGAAAACAGGCAUACAAGAAUCAUACACAAAUAGUAGCUAAACACAGUAUAACGCUCAGUAAGUCACGUGAGCACGAUACUUCACGUAAAACAGUGGGUGCCUGGGGUAUAUAUGUCUGUGGGAAAACAAGCAGUGUGUCAAGUGAAUAAUUAAUAUUCCGUGGAGGGUUCUCAUUCGUGUUGGGAUGUUCCAGAGCCCCUCCCUCUAUGAACACCUCCUGGUGUUUCACGGUGUGGUCUAGCGGAGUGGAAUUCCUCCAUUAAGAAGGGAUCAAGGAUGUCAGCAGAGUCCACCCAGGAGCGUUCCUCAGGACCAUAGUCCUCCCAAUUGACCAAAUACUGUAGGUGGUCGUGGAUGCGGUGGUAGUUCAGGAGGGUAAGUCCUCGAUAGGCCGGGGCCCCAUCAACAUCCAGCGGGGAUGGAGGCUCGUCCUGACUGGGGGUGUUAGACAGGGGAUUAUAGGCAGGCUUGAGAAGAGAGACAUGAAAGGUGGGAGAGAUGCGGUAUGUAGGUGGCAACUGCAGGCGGUAGGAGACUGGGUUGACCUGGCAGAUGAUGUUGAAUGGGCUGAUGAAAUGUGGGCUCAGCUUGCAACAAGGGAGUUAGAUCUUCAGGUUACGAGUGGAUAACCAGACCUGCUGCCCCACCCUGUAGGUGGGGUGUGGACGGCGGCGGCGAUCCACCAUAUCUCUCUGCCAUCUAAUAGCCUUUUGCAAACAGAUGUGAGCCCUUUCCCAUACCUCUUGGCUGUGUCUGGACCAGUCAUCUAUGGCGGGGACAGAGGAGGGCUCUCCAGACCAGGGAAACAAUGGCGGUUGAUAACCUAAGACACAUUGGAAUGGUGUGAGCCCCGUGGAUGAGUGGGUGAGGGAAUUCUGGGCAUAUUCGGCCCAGGGGAGAAACUCGCUCCAGUGGUGUUGUUGGUGGCUGCAGUAGGAGCAGAGAAGUCUCCAAAUUUCUUGAUUAAGUCUUUCUACUUGGCCAUUAGACUGUGGGUGGCACCCAGAACCCAAGCUCACAUUGAUGCCCAGUUGAGAGCAGAAGGCCCGCCAAGCAUGUGAGGUGAACUGAGAGCCCCUAACCCACUAACCCUAACCCACGGAGAUAUUCGAGGUUACGGUGGUCUGUGAGAACCAGAAAGGGGUGUCGUGCUCCCUCCAGCCAGUGGCGCCACUUUUCUAGGGCAGUUUUAAUGGAGAGGAGUUCAUGGUUGCCCACGUCAUAAUUUGCCUCUGCUGGGGUUAGCUUCCUGGAGAAGUACACACAUGGGUGGAGUUUCACGGAAUCUGGCUGGCAUUGCGACAGGACUGCCCCAAUCCCAGAGCUGGAGGUGUCGACUUCCAUGACAAAGGGAUUGUCUGGAUCAGGAUGAUAUAGGAUCGGGGCCUGUUUUUGAAACUGUUUUUGAGUUUCUGAAAAGUGUCAUAUGCUUGGUCUGUCCAUGACAGUCUCUUAGGCUUUCCUUUAAGAGGAGAGGUUAGUGGACUGGCAAUCAUGCUAUAAUUCCUGAUAAAACAUCUAUAGAAGUUUGCAAACCCCAGGAAGCAUUGUAAAUCCUUAACUGUGAUUGGUUUGGGCCAUUCAGAGACAGCUUGGACCUUGGCUUGAUCCAUCUCCACCUUCCCCAGUGACAGCACAUUACCUAGGAAAGUGAAACUCACAUUUUUCUAAUUUAAUGUAGAGGUGAUGUAGGAGGCGAGACAGGAUGAGGCGUACAUGGCGGGUGUGGUCUUCGAGGGAGGAAGAGUAAAUCAGAAUGUCAUCAAUAUAUGCAAUGACAAAUUUAUUUAACAUGUCCCUAAGAAUCUCAUUGACCAGAGACUGAAACACAGCGGGGGCAUUCGUGAGACCAUAGGGCAUGACUGUUAGUGUCCCCGGGUUGUGUAGAAGGCCAUUUUCCAUUUGUCCCCCUCCCUGAUUCGCACGAGGUUAUAAGCAUGCCGUAAGUCCAACUUGGUGAAAAUCGUGGCCCCUUGAAGUUGUUCUUUAGCUGCGGGCACCAGAUGGAGAGGAUAUGGGUAACGGAUAGUGAUGUUAUUCAAGCCUCUAUAGUCAAUACACGGGCGAAGACCUCCAUCCUUCUUCUCCACAAAAAAGAAACCGGCAGCAGCAGGUGAUGUAGAGGGGCGAAUAAACCCAGAAGCUAGUGCUUCCUCAAUAUAAUCCUCCAUGUCUUGAUCCUUCGGCAGUGAUAGAGGGUAGACCCGGCUUUUGGGCGGCAUGGCGUUGGGUCACAGUUCUAUGGCACAAUCCCAAGGAUCCCUUUGCAUAAUUCCAUCAACUGCACAGAAAUGUCUUUACCCCCAGCUGGAUACUCGAAAACGUCGCUGAUCUACCCUGCGAAAUAAUCAGCUGAAGUCUUGACUUGUGGAUCUGCGAUGCCCACACUGCCGAUGCCCAGUCAAAAGCUCUGCCGGUGAGGAGAGACAGCAUGAACGCGCACUUGGUUGUAUCACUGCUAUACAGUUCAGGCCGAUGUGCAAAGUAAUUAGCACACUGGUGAAGGAAUCCCCGGCAACGAUCAGCUGAUCCAUCAAAUUUUUCCGGUAGCGAAAGUUGAGUUAAACUACAUGCAGCAGGAGCGGGUGGCAUAGAAACAGGAGGAGCAGCGAUAGAUACCUGGGCUUGAGGCUGUUGUUGUUGCAGCUGCCACUGCAUGAAAAGGCAGAUUUUCAUCCCUGUUAACGCCUGAUGACCUCUCUAAUCACCAGCAGUUAUCGACAAUUCACAGCCUGGGAAGUUCCCGUUUGCGACUGACAGAAACAGUCUUUAUCGUACCGGGGGUGUAUAGACAUGCAAAAGGGUAACCCACCAUUGACCCUGUAGCAGAACCACAGCUGGCUAUUAUCAAGAGGUUUAUUGUUGUACAUGUUGUGUCUAAAUUAUUACUUUUUAACAUGUCAUUGCACAAGUCUCCUGGCCUCAUCCCCAUCCAGACCGUCAUUUUUAUGAAAAACCCAUAGAAAUUUGGAGUUUGCUGGGAAAGACAUCUCAUACCCAGCAUCAUUUCUCCCUGUUGAGCGCAUUGCUGGAAGAUGUGUGUUAAAUACAUCCACUGUGCAUUUAAGCAAAACAACAGAAAAAGUUACUGUAGUCAUGCCAAUAUGUACAGUGGUUGAGGUCUAAGAGUGCUGUGAGGAUCAGACUAUUGUCUUAAAAUGUUAUACUAUUUUUUUAUUAAUUUAUGUAAUCAUUUGCUAUAUACUUUGUUAGUUGUAUACAAUAAAAAGUAUUUUCUGUUGUGUAAUUUGGUCCUUAGAGCCUUAGAGAUACAACAUUUUGUUCCACUGUAUGUUCCUACAUGUACAGUAGCAGAAUGACAAUAACGCGCAGUUGACUUGACUUUCAUUAAAGAUAAAUUAGAUAAAUACACUGAAUUGAUAAAGCAUUGAACAAAUGUGGAUUUUCUUUAUUUUGGUAAAUGGUUGUUUUUUUAUAUAUAUAAUUAUAUAUAUAUAUAUAUAUAUAUAUAUAUAUACAACACACACACACACACACACACACACACUUAUUUGUUUAUUAUUAUUAAUGUUUUGUGUCUUUUAGUGGUACACAAGGUAAUUAGUCUAACUAGACACGACGAAUUUGUGUCCAUACUGAACACGAUCAAUCAUAAAACACAGCCAAUCAUAACAGUUUUCUCUGUUUAUGUGCUUUCUCGUACUGCAGCUGAAGAGAUCACAGUCCGCACACACAUACUUACAUACAAGAGCACACAUGCAUAGAGAGAUACACCCCUCUGCUUCUUAUGGCUUUCAUUAUAAAACUUGAGGGAUUUAUUAUAUAUUUCUGCUAUUAAACAUCUAUAAUCAGUCUCUCCUCAUCCAUUUUUGAUGAUUAAUAUUAUUAAUGCGCAGAACUUUCAUUGAGAUCGAUCUCUGUAUAGGCGGAGCUGUCAGCCGCGAUGUCGCAGAAAUAGAAACAGUUUCUAAAACUGGUUAGUCUGGUCAGGACAAAAACUGAUUAACAUGGAAUUGAUACCUUUUGUUGUGUUUCGCAGCAUCACGUCGCGUGUUGUUAGGACACGGUGUAAGACAAAUUUCAAUUCAAAAUUCAAGCACCAAUUUAAAAAUCUAUAAUUAAAAUAAGACUGAGCUUUUUACAAUAGCUUUUCUUUACAUUUGGGUAAUAAGCCCACUCUCAAUCAGUGAGUCCCCCCUCCCCACACUACCCUGGUUUUCAUUUGUAUAGCUCAAUGUAGUCAUUUACGCAUGAAAGCUAAACCCAGGCCAAGGUGAUGGGAACAUGGCGGGGUCAACUGCCAAGCCUAUUCUACGUCAAUUUUUGGCAGUUCCCGACAAUUAUCUGUGUUGCCUGCACAUUCCUGUGAAUAGUCGUUAACCUGAAAUUCUGUGGCAAUUUACAGUGUCGUUAACUGAUGAAAAUCACACUUUUCAUGCAGUUUACGCGUUGCGGCCUGUAGCUCUGCGAUCUAAUCUUGGUAUGCGCGAAUCAUGUGCCCUUGGCGGACAAUAGUAGCUUGUAAAUCCGCUGGAUUCUCCGUAGGCGAAGUAUCCUGUAAGGAUGAGCCAGAGGCUGCAGGAGUCGAAUCCAUAAGUGGAUCUUUAUUUAUAAUCACACAGGCUAAAUAGAAGUCAGAAAACAAGCGUGAGUCAAAACCGGAAAAACCAGUGAGAUGGGAAAACAAAACCGAAAGCACAAAACGAAGCAUGCAGUCAGAGAAACAGGCAGGGUCAUACACGGAAAUCACUAUCAGAGACAAGACACGAAUCAUAACAAAUAGUAGCUAAACACUGUAUAACGCUCAGUAAGUCACGUGAGGAUGAUACUUCACGUAAAACAGUGGGUGCGUGAGGUAUAUAUGUCUGUGGGAAAACAAGCGGCAUGUCACAUGAGUAAUUAGUAUUCCGUGGAGGGUUCUCAUUCGUGUUGGGAUGUUACAACAACAAACUAACAGAAGAUGGACUGUCUUGGAGUGAGUGCAUCGGUGUGUGUACAGACAGUGAGGUUAAUGUUGAAAUUUAAUGAGUAAAUUACAAUACAAUUUAUAUGGUUGUUAGACUGUUGUGCUCUUUUAUGUUGUCUCGUGUUUGGAUAGGAUAAUUGGUGUGUGUGCACCGUUUGUAUAUUUUAACCAUCUCCGAGGAUAGUGGAGGUCGCAAGUCACUGGCACCAUUAUUUUGGGGGUCAUGGGCUGAAAAGUUUGGGAAGCCCUGACAUAGGGCAGGGGAAACUGCUGGAUUUGGACAGUUCAUGCAGCUAGGUUGGAUAGAUACACUUUACAAAAUAUAGAAGAAUAGAGUCUGCUACAGGGGAAGGGUCCUGAUAGUCAGUAAAGUUAUUGCCUCACCACUGUGGCAUAAAAUGGCCCUACGUGGCCCUCCUGCUGGUGUCAUCAAGAACUUUCAGAUGCUUCUGGUGGACUUUUUUCAGUCAGGACAGCAUUGGAUCAGGACACCAGUGCCGUAUCUGCACUAAAUGAUGCAGGGUGUAGGGUUGCUGCUUUUAGACUGCAGACUGCACAGAGACUCCUGGGAAGAUGGGGGAGAUGUCAGCUGGACUAAUGUGGCAUGUGGACUCUUGAGGAGAGGUUGGAACUUAAUCAUCAUCUAUUUUUAAUGGAUCUGAAUGGAGUGUAUUUAAAUGCUUUAACACCAAUUGCUGGCACCAAGCUCACAGUGUGGUUGACAAGGAGGGCUAAAAUUGAAUGUUGUAAUGACUACAGCUGAUGUUGUAAUGACUAUGAGGGGCCUGAAUAGGCUUAAAUGAUAUUAUAUGUGAAAUAAAUGAUGAUGGUGUUAUAGAAAAGUUUCAGUAAAAAGGGGAUAGGGGAUUGAUUCCUGCACUUUUGUUUGUCAGUGUGAGAAGACAGCAUUAAUGUUAUUCAUUUUUCUUCUAAAUAUAUUUGGUUGUCAUAUUUCUUUAUUUUAAAUCUUUCUCUUUAUUUCUCACUCUGUCUCUCUUUCUCUCCCCCCACAUUGUCAGCGUCAGGAUUGUGGACUUGUCAUUCAAUGUUUUGGCCACUAGAGGCCUCUAUGUUGCAUGUUGUUGUCCCUUCUGUCUUUUUAUAGUGUUUUUGCUGCCACCUGUGGCUGUUUUCCUUGUGUGGAUUUAAAUUCCUCUGUUUCUUACUUCCUUUGCUUGGUGUUAAAUUGUGCUAGAUAUGGGUUAGUUGUGUCACCCAUGUCUCACUUUAGUAAUGCUGUUGUUUUUUGUAAUGGUCUCAUACUUUGGCCAUCUUUGUUUUUCACACUUCAGCCAGGAAAAUUUCUGUUGAUUUUCUACUUCCUGUUUUAAACUGUAAUUGUGUGGAAGUUCAUUAUGUUCAUUAUGGUGGUAUUAAAAAUGAAUAAUAGUACAUAGUUAUAGACAAUUUAUUAUGACAUUCAUAUUUUGGACUUGACCGGUCAGUGAUGAGCUGCUAAAUCUACACUUCCUGUCUCACCACUUCCUGUAAGGGUGUGAAUGAGGUAAGGUAAUAAAGCUGCAGUGUGAUAUUUAAAGUGUGUUCAUUAUGAUGAGACACGGUGCAGCAGUUGGUCAGUGUGUGUUUAGCUCUAAUUCUCUCUUUGGAUUAAUGUGUUGGUUUGGAUCUUCAGUAAGAAUGCAGGUGUGUUUUCUUCUCCUCCUUAUACAGCUUCAUAUCACUGAAGGUGAGUCUGAUGAUCUCUCUCUCUGUCUCUCUGUCUCUCUCUCUCUUCUGGUUACUAUGUUUGAAUAUGUUUAUGUUCAAUUCCUUUUGCAGGAAAUAUUGUAUGUAUUUAUCUUUUAAAGCAUGAAGUCAUGCACUAAUCUUUCUUAACAUACUGUAUGUAAAUGUAAAGUGCACACUGACGAUUUUUUAUGGCUUUGUUUUUGCCACCAAACUGAAUGUAAUAGUAGAAGAGAAAUACAAACAUAUAAACAUGUUCAUUAUUGGACUUUCAUCAAACCUGCUUAACACUUAUUAAAAACUUUCUGCUGGGACUUGCUAUGUCCUGAGUUAAUGUACAAUGCUGAGUCUCCUUCAUCAUGAUUGCUGUUCUGCUUGUUCCUUCCUCGUCCCCCUACACCUUCCUCUCGCUCUCUCAUUGGCUGUUACUCAUCGAGGUUCUUACAGCGUCAUACAUGUGGUUACACCACAAGAUUUUAUACCAAUCAUUUUAAAGAUGAUUUAAACACUGUGUGUGUAAACUCUUCACAGAAUAGAUGGAUGAUGUCACUAAACUGCUGACCCAUGUGAUGUGUUCACACUUUCACUUCCUGCAGCAGCAGUUGGUCUCUUUUGGGGUGUGUCACUAAAAUAGAAGUGGGUUUCUCUGUUCAGAGUAAAAUACAUGCAGAGUUUCAGUGCCUCAGAGUAACAUGUGCAUGUGAGCAUUGUGUAGUUUGUGUUCUGUGGAUUAACACUUGACCAUGUGUGUGAUAAAUGAUGGAAUAAACCUUUACAUUCAAAAUGACACUUGAUAAACUCUUCCUUUGGAUAAAUCUGGGAAAUGUUUGCUAAUUUAGGCUGUUAUUUUCUGUGUCACAAGCCUCUAAACAUAUUUGCUUGACAUUUGUAGAAAUGUCAUGUGAGGAAACCACAGGGCUGUAGCUGUGUGUUGUGUGAUUGCCACAAUACUGCAAAAUGAUUUUUAUGUACGAUGCAGUGUGUUGCUCUGUUGCAAGUGUUAACAAUAGUAUUUGCACACCUCUUUCUUGGCCUGCUGUGGAUAUUAGAGAGUUAUAAAAAAUUAGUGAUUAUUGGACAAAAGUAACUGGUGGACAUUAGUGAGUUGUGGAGUUACAGGAUGUCUGUAGUUCUGUAGGGUUGUUGCAGAUGGUGAACUGCUCAUUAACAGAUCAUUAACUGGUGUGUUCAUACAGGCUGCAGACUAAAUGGAAAUUGUGACUUAAAACUGAUCACUGCAUACACAGGAGGCUCAGUACUGCUGUCCUGCUCCUGCACUGACCUCCACAGAAAACCUGAGACAUUCACAUGGAUGAA